AUGAACAACGAUAAUAUCGACCCUGCACUUCAAUCGGUCGACCUCGCCGCUGCACAGAGUCGCAUGAAGGGACCUGUGGCGCGAGUAGCAAACGCUGGAAGUCGCGAAGGCACACCGCAGAGGGCGCACGGUUCAUCCCAGUACUCUGCUCCGCCAGGAAUGAGUCAAACACAACAGAUUCAAAGGUUGUUUGAGUCGAAUCCAAACCUUCAACAGUUGCAAAACGCUGCGAACAAGGCUACAGAGGUGUAUGAUGACGAGGAAGGAGAGGAACUGGACGACGAACAGUUGGCAAAUUCUAAUGCUCGUGCCAGAGAAAACUUGCAUCACCAGGUUGCCGCUCAUAGUGACCACCAGAUGAGUAAUGGUGUUGCUCAGCUCCUAGCUGGUGUUGGAAAAGUAUUCGUAGGGGAAAUAAUAGCUAAAG